UAAACUUAAGGAAUACAAUAAACAGAGAAAAAAACAAGCCGAAAGAAGACGAAAGACAAGAGAUUUUAAAAUAGAGGUUAAAAUUGAGAAAGAGGAUGAAAUGCAGGUUUUGGGGAAGGAUAGUGAGUUCAACAAGGAUGAGGAUGAAGAUGAAAUGCAGGUUUCAGGGGAGGAUAGUGAGUUUGAUAGGGAAGAGAAAGACAAUAAAGAGACUGACUACAAAGAUAAAAGAAUAUGUGACAGUUACUUACCAUGA